AGAAGUCUGUCGGCAAUCCAGAACAGAAGAGGAAGUAGGACGUUGUGAAGAUGGUGAUUUUCAGUGUUUACGUCGUGAAUAAGGCCGGGGGUUUAAUAUACCAGUAUGACAAUUACGUUCCGAGGGCCGAAGCUGAGAAAACAUUUAGCUACCCUUUUGAUUUAGUCUUGAAACACCAUGAUGAAAAGGUCGUCGUUUCAUUUGGACAGCGAGACGGGAUCAGAGGUAUCGGAACUGCUGUCACUCUGCAACUUUUGCCUACCAGUUAAAUAUGGGACUAUGUUGAUAUUUCAGUCUAUCAACGAAAUUCUGUUUGGUAACUGCUAGAGACCUGCAGCGUAAGAAAAAUCAGUAGUUUCUAAAGUUUGGUCACAACAAUCUAACAAUGCCUUACAGUUCUCAAGGCUUAAAGCAAACAGCAGGUUCUGAAUGGACACAUCAACUGGAUUUAGUGGUUCUGUUAACUGUUCUUGUGGGGUUGCUGAGUCUGCUCCUGACUGCAGUGUAUCAGCCUGCAAGAUUUAACCAGUGAUCAAUUUUCCAUCAAAAGUUGUCUUGUUCUGUGGUAGAUGAUGUAGACUCCUCAGUGUGCUCUUUAUUGAUCAUUAGGCUGCAUGAACUUUAAACCCCGGAUUGAUGUUUGAUUUAUGUUUUCUUUGCUGUUAUGUCUCUUUCCAGUGGGCCAUGCAUUGCUAUCCAUUAAUGGAGUUGAUGUGAUUGGCAAGAACACAGCUGAAGGAAAAGACAUCCUUGAAUACUUGAAGGACCCCGCAAAUUUUCCUGUGUCUAUUCGUUUUGGCAGAGCACGUCUGAGCUCCAACGAGAAAUUGAUGCUGGCAUCUAUGUUUCACUCGUAAGCUAUGAGAAUAUUAAAUUUGGCCUAUUUCUGGGUUGUUAAGCCUCGUACAAGCCUCAGUGUAAAAAAGGUUGACACAGGAACAAUUGCUUUAAAGGGAUUUUCCGGCGUAAAAUUAAUUUAGGGUCAAACACACCAUAACACUAAGUGAGACACCCCUUCGAGAGAUGAAUGUUGCUGACUGCUUGCUUCUGUAGUUAUACCAACUUAAGUAACGACCGCACGAUAGCAAUACACAGAAGCUUCAGGAGCCACACACAAACCUCAAUCAAAAAGCCACUCUAUAGCCACAAAUAAUGCUCAGAACAGCACCUACCUUUAUCAACAAUACAUAUAGGGUCCCAGCCAUAACACCAGCCACCAAAUAUCUUUUUAGCUCUGCCUAAUUUCUUUAGCAAAGAGACUAAGCACACUCUCUUCCAGCAGCUGCUUGUUUGUAGCGAGACCUCGGGCCAGUCCAUUACGGACUACAAUGGGGUGAUGCAGCUCAAGGAAGAACAUUUAUGAUCAUAACUUCAUGGAAAUGCAAUCAGACCAAGACACCAAGGCAGAAGAACCACCGCAUUUGCUGUGAAAAUGAUCAAUAUGAUGAUUAUUACGUCAUUGAAAUGAUAAAGUAAUGAUCAUAAAUGUUCUUCCUUGAGCUGCGUCACCCCGCUGCAGUCCGUAAUGGACUGGUCAAGGUCUCGCUACGAACAAGCGGCUGCUGGAAGAGAGGGUGAUUUGUGUUUGGACUCUUUGCUAAAGAAAUCUGGCAAAGUUAAAAAGAUGUUUGGUGGCUAGUGUUAUGGCUGGGACCCCAUAUGUACUGUUGAUGAAGUUAGGUGCUGUUCUGAGUAUUACUUGUAGCUAUAGAGUGGAGUUUUGGUUGAGCGUGUGGCUCUGUGUAUUGCUAUCGUUCAGUCAUUACUAAAGUUGGUAUCACUAGAGAAGUAAGCAGUCUGCAACAUUCAUCUCUUGAAGGGGUGUCUAACUCUGUGUUACGGUGUUUAACCCUAAAUUAAUUUUACACCGGAAUAUCCCUUUAAGAGUUGUUUCACUGCCUGUUUGCUGCCUCUGUUUACACACAGUAGACCAGAUAUAAAAAGAAACGUUUCUUGAUUUUAUACCAUGACUGUGCAUCUAUGCGUGUGCUAGAGUUUAAAUUGUGAAUAUACCAUCAAGACUCCCUGUGUAGCUAAGUUACUAGCGCUGCAAUACCACUAGAUGGUGCCUUAGCUUUUAUCUCUUAUUCUAUAUGAUCUUUAUUAAGAUACUAUUGUUCAUUACAUACAAAACACCAACACAAGAAUUUAGGAGUACAGGAAACAUUUAAUUAAAAAAAAAACAGACAUGAAUUUCACAUAAACUGCACAAAAAGACUAUCCACACAAAAAUAAUGUGAACAAAGAUGACGGCACAUAAAAUGAAUAUAAUACAAUGAAAACACAGAAACAUCACAAAAGAUAAAUCAUCAGUCUAUCAUAUCUGUAAUGUCCCUUAAGGGCCUUAUGCCCUACAACCAGGCUUUGUAAGGCUAAUCUUAUAAACAGCAUGUGUUGUACAAACUGGUAUCGGUCAUAGUGGAGUCCAGCUGUAAACAUCAAACUGCCUGUCCGUGUGUUUCUCCUCAGGUUGUUUGCGAUUGGUUCGCAGCUGUCACCAGAAGUUGGCAGUUCAGGGAUCGAGAUGCUAGAAACUGACAUGUUCAAAAUCCACUGCUUCCAGACUCUCACAGGUUCGUGGUGACUGAAUGUGUGUGUACUGGAAGGUGUUAAUUUUUCUGUUUAACAAAUAUAAGAGAAGUAAAAUAGUGGGAACAUCUUUCAAUAUUAAGCAUUCCAGUACACCGCCAACACCUACCACAACUUAAACAGAUUGUUUAAAGAGCAAGUAUCACCUUUCAUAUUGUUAAAAGAAUUUCUCUUGGAGCCAUUUUAUAGUGUUGCAUUUGAUUGGCAAAGUUGUCAGUGGUUGGUGUCUGAAUGUGAUUAAAGAAUUCAUUUUUUGUCAUCAUGAGUGAUCGUCUCAAAAAAGGAGAGAUGGUAAUAUUUUUUUCCAAAUGGCCCAUAAAAAAUGUCUGUUUUGUUAAGACAAACCUCUCAAGUCCAUUUAAUAAACAGGUUUCUUUCUUCUCUACAUGAUCCAAUCUUGAUUUUCCAGGGAUCAAGUUCAUUUUGCUGGCUGACCCUCGGCAAUCUGGCGUUGAUGUGCUGUUGAGGAAGAUUUAUGAAAUAUACUCGGAUUUUGCCCUCAAGAACCCCUUUUAUUCUCUGGAGAUGCCAAUAAGGUAAUCAAGAGCAUGUUUCAGCUAUUAUCCUAUCAUGUUUGUGUCUUAUUCUUAGUAUUUGGUUUAUUUCAGUAUUCUUCAAAUUAGAUCUGAUAUUCAACACCCACAAAUGUAGUUAUUCUUAUUCUCUAAACUUCAGUGUUUAUCGGAUUUUCAGGUGUGAACUCUUUGAUCAGAACCUCAAGAGUGCCCUUGAGAUUGCAGAGAAAGCUGGCAACUUUGGAGCAGGAUCUUGAGCAUCAGAAGACAGGACAUUUUCCAUUAUGUGAAAACACAAGCGGUUUUAUAGAUACGUGAGGGUUGGUGACGUGAAAUAUGUGAUUUUUUUUUCUUUUCAUUUGAAAGAUUAAUGAUUUACACCCUGUUCAAACAUUGUUUUGUAAAUGUAUGUAAAGAUUACAUUAAACUAUUAUGUAAAGGUUUUUUUUUUUUUUUUUUUUUUGUGGUGAGGGCUUCAUUCAUUUCGGGUUAUCAUAUGAUGUAACAUGAGUCUUCUGGUCAAUCAACACAAACUAUGACAAAAAAAAAGUAUUGUUUAUCCAAGUCUUUGUCCACACAUUUUACUUCAUCAAGACAAUGAGCUCUGUGUUACUCUUGCAAUCUUAAAUCAUGACUCAAUUUAUAAUCUUUUUGUAAACAUGACCAAUUAAUUGUGUGAUCUCAGUGUAAUGUUUAGUAGUCUUAAAAUCUUCUGUUGUGUGUUUGAUGUCAUGUUUUCACAUUGUAUAUAGAAAACACAAAUCAGAACUUGAUUUAGAAGAAAAGAUUUAACUUCUCAGAGCUUCUGUCAUGUUAACAUCUCUUACGACUGACCCAGAAAAUUCUUUGUCAUACAAUAUGAAAAAUAGGAAAAUAUGGAAAUACAUUGAUUACGUGAAGUAUAAAGUUUUCCUCUGGGGUAAGAGGAUGAGGUGUAGUGAUUGUUUAUUCUGCCUUUUUUGACACAUGACCCAUUUUUGUUUUGAUGUUGCGGAGCAAGAAAAAUCCAAGUGUGGCAGCCCCACAUGCUAUCUCUGCUACCCAGAAGGCCAUUUCCCAGCCAUGGUGCUUGGCGACCAUGCUGAAUGGCAGCCCAGAUAGGAAGCCUCCAACUGAGGACAUCACAGGAAGAUGGGGUUAUUCCAUAGAAUUGGUGAUAUCAAAAGUGUUAUUUUUGUAUAGCCUAAGGGUAUUGUAUAGUAUAGUAUAAUAUAUUAACUACAUAAAACCAAUUAAACAGUACUUUGUUAA